AUGGCUCUCUCCCAGAAAGAAGCCGAUAUCCAGAUGAUGUUGGCAGCCGAUGUCCAUCUCGGUACAAAGAAUUGUGAUUUCCAAAUGGAGCGAUAUAUUUUCAAGCGCCGCAAUGACGGGAUUUACAUUAUAAAUCUUGGAAAGACAUGGGAGAAGCUUCAACUUGCGGCAAGGGUUAUUGUUGCAAUUGAAAACCCUCAGGACAUCAUUGUUCAAUCUGCCAGACCUUAUGGACAGAGAGCUGUUCUCAAAUUUGCUCAGUAUACUGGUGCUCAUGCUAUUGCUGGUAGACACACUCCUGGUACAUUCACCAAUCAGCUUCAAACUUCAUUCAGUGAGCCUCGUCUUCUCAUUCUCACUGACCCAAGAACCGAUCACCAGCCAAUCAAGGAAGCUGCACUUGGAAAUAUUCCCACAAUUGCUUUUUGCGACACUGAUUCUCCCAUGAGAUAUGUUGAUAUUGGUAUUCCUGCCAACAACAAGGGAAAGCAUAGCAUAGGUUGUCUCUUUUGGCUAUUGGCUAGGAUGGUGUUGCAGAUGCGUGGUACUAUUCGCCCUGGCCUUAAGUGGGAUGUCAUGGUGGAUCUAUUCUUCUAUAGAGAACCAGAAGAGGCCAAGGAGCAAGAGGAGGAUGAAGUUCCUGCUCCAGAUUAUGCCAUUGCUGAUUUCAAUGCAGCUUCUAUCCCCAACGACGGACAAUGGCCUGCUGCCAUUGAUCAACCAUGGAAUGAUGCUGCUCCACAACCCAUUCCAGCAGUUCCUGCUGUAAACUGGACAGCCCCAGAAGCUGUUGCCGGGGAGUGGGGUGAAGCUGUUCCUCCACCACAACAAAUAGAUGCUCCCGUAGUUGAAUCUAUCCAAGCAACUGGCUGGGAAUAA